AUAGUUUAGAUUGAACUUUUUCGUCCCUGUCGUAGCGGACCAGCGGUAGCACCAGGGCGGAAGGCAUCUUCUUUCUCUUCUUCUAAACUCUCCGCUCCGUCUAAACGAGAAAAGAAAAAAUAUCAUGACAAUUUCAAGCUUGUCCUUGUAUCCCACUUGUUCUUUCGACAGCCCAGAGAAGUCUUUCUUUUUUUCCGAUUUUUGCGACACUUGGUGACUUCUCACCACUGGUUUUUGUUGAUUAAUUUCCAUUUUGUCGGCUCUCCCGCUUUCUAGUCUCAGCCAUUACUCACGAUCCUUCUUCGCUUUCUUGGUUCUUCAGCUGGAACACAUCGUCCCUCUCAUUUUAACUGUUUCCCUGUUUAUUGUCUUCAAAUGAAAGGGAGUGCCUCUUCCUCUGUACUUUUCUUAUCCAAUUGGCGUUGAAGAAUCUCUUUUUGAUAAUUCACAAAUGGGGAGUGCUCUUUUCGAUUGCCCAACUCUAAACAGGGUUCUGGGGCAAGCCAGGCUCGAGAGUUCGGCUUCUAGGACUUCAUCCUUCCCUGUUCAUCACUAUUCUAGGAAGAGGCCUUCCUUCCUACCCAAACUAUUGUCUGAUACCGUUCUCAUUUCUCCUUCAAAGGUGCAUGCGAGUGCAUUGCCAGAAUUUGAUGAUUUCUUCUGGGAGAAGGCACCCACUCCAUUACUGGAUCUGAUUGAGACCCCAAUUCAGUUGAAGAACUUGUCCCUCAAGGAUCUGAAGCAGUUAGCUGAUGAAAUUCGUUCUGAGAUGUCAUUCGUUUUGUCAAAGACACAAAAGACUCUUAACUGCAGCCUUGCUGCUGUCGAAUUAACUGUUGCAAUUCAUUAUGUUUUCCAUGCCCCAAUGGACAAGAUACUUUGGGAUGUUGGUGAAGAGGCGUAUGCACAUAAAAUCCUGACUGGAAGAAGAUCACGGUUGCACACUUUGAAGCAGAGAGAUGGACUUUCAGGUUAUACAUCUCGCUUUGAAAGUGAGUAUGAUGCAUUUGGUGCUGGCCAUGGAUGUAACAGCAUUUCUGCUGGGCUAGGAAUGGCUGCUGCUCGGGAUCUUAAAGGAAAAAAGGAUUGCAUUGUCACUGUAAUAAGUAAUGGAACAACCAUGGCGGGCCAGGUUUAUGAGGCAAUGAACAAUGCUGGAUAUCUCGACUCAAAUAUGGUAGUUAUACUAAAUGAUACCAGGCAUUCAUUACAGCAGAUUAGGCCAGAAAAUGCUCCAAAGAUGUCUGUAAACAUACUCUCCAGUACGUUAAGUAAGAUCCAGUCUAGCAAAUCCUUCAGAAGAUUUAGAGAAGCUUUAAAGGGCAUAACCAAAAGGUUUGGUCAAGGGAUGCAUCAAUGGGCGGCAAAAGUUGAUGAGUAUGCUCGAGGCAUGAUUGGUCCACCUGGUUCUACACUAUUUGAGGAGCUUGGCUUGUACUACAUAGGCCCUGUUGAUGGUCACAAUAUUAAAGAUCUUGUCUGUGUUCUUCAAGAGGUAGCUUCAUUGGAGUCAACUGGACCUGUCCUAGUUCACGUCAUCACUGAUGAAGGACGAGGCGCCGAUAUGCCAAGAUAUGCAGAUGGAUUAACUUCCAACACUUCAACCUCAUACCCAAAGUUCAACGUCGGGAGUGCGACUAAGACAUAUACAGAAUGUUUUGUUGACGCCUUAAUUGAACAAGCAGAGAUAGACAAUGAUAUUGUAGCAGUUCACUCUGGUAUUGGCCUGGAGCGAUCUUUUCAUGCCUUUCAAAAAAGAUUUCCUGACAGAUAUUUUGAUGUGGGGAUGGCUGAGCAACAUGCAGUCACAUUCGCUGCUGGAUUGUCAUGCGGUGGAUUGAAGCCCUUUUGCAUCAUAAGUUCUUCAUCUCUGCAGAGAGGAUUUGACCAAGUAGUGCAAGAUGUUGACCUUCAGCGUUUACCUGUUCGAUUUGCUAUCACAAGUGCAGGAUUGGUUGGAUCAGAUGGACCAGCAUUAGGUGGUGCAUUUGACAUUACAUACAUGGCAUGCUUGCCUAAUAUGAUUGUUAUGGCACCAUCAGAUGAAAUAGAGUUGAUUCGCAUGGUUGCUACGGCUGCACGUAUUGAUGACCGGCCAGUUUGUUUUCGUUAUCCCAGAGGAGCCAUUGUGGAACUGAGAAAACCACUAUUUUGCAGUGUAGAACCACUUGAAAUUGGCAAGGGUAAAGUCGUUGCAGAGGGAAAAGAUGUUGCAUUGUUAGGAUAUGGAGUAAUGGUGCAUAACUGCCUUCAAGCCAAAUCCUUGCUUGCUAACUUGGGGGUCCAAAUAACAGUUGCAGACGCAAGAUUUUGCAAGCCACUUGACAUUGAGCUUCUUCGGCAGCUCUGUAGGAAUCAUGAGUUCCUCAUUACUGUAGAGGAAGGAACAGUUGGGGGCUUUGGAUCACAUGUUGCUCAAUUUCUUGCACUUGAUGGCCAGCUUGACGGAAGGGUUAAGUGGCGGCCAAUUGUUUUACCAGACAAAUACAUAGGGCAGGCUUCUCCCAGGGAGCAGCUUUCUAUGGCAGGAUUGACAGGCCACCAUAUAGCAGCUACUGUUUUAAGUCUCUUAGGCCGUCCAAGAGAUGCUCUUCACUUGAUGCCUUGACAGGCUUGCACCACUAGAAUCAUUUCCUCUGCUUCUAACCUUGCUAGCAAGCAGUAGAUAAACCAGAAAUUAUUAUCAAUGAUCGAUGAAAAAUGAGGUGUUCAAUGAAGAUGAGGAUGGCAAAAGAGGCCUUCAUUACAGUGGAACCCGUUAAGGUCAUGCUGCUUUGAAGAACUGGUGUCAACUAAAGCUCCCUUCCAGUCGAUCCUAAUGCCUGAAGUUCGACAAAGGAAUUUCUCUGGUGCUCAAAUUAUGUACCUCAUUAUUCAUGUGCCUCCUAACCCUCGUUGAUGAAAUCUAUACCGACAGAUUGCCAUCUAACCAUUGCUUUCAGUGAAUGGCAGACUCUUGUGUAUAACGGCUGCAUAAAUGGGCAAUACCAAAACAAAUUUUCUA